UUUGCCCUUUCACACAUGAUGCAGCGGCAAACAUGUCUGCUAAUCAAGUGUGUACUGAAAACGCUAGCCAAAAUGUCUUAAUGUUACAAUUAUAGAACAUUUUCUUACUUUUUCUAUUUGAACGGGAGAAAUUUUGCAUUUCCUCGUAUUAAGUGAGAGACAACUAAAGAAAUAUGACGUCCAUUAUUAAGCUGACAGCAGUGUCAGGGGUGCAGGAGGAGUCUGCCCUGUGUUACCUGCUGCAGGUGGAUGAGUUCCGCUUCCUCCUGGACUGUGGCUGGGAUGAGACUUUCUCAAUGGACAUUAUCGAUGCUAUGAAACGAUAUGUUCAUCAGGUUGAUGCCGUGCUCCUCUCCCACCCUGACCCCCUACACCUGGGAGCCCUGCCAUACGCUGUGGGGAAACUAGGUCUAAACUGCACUAUAUAUGCCACAAUCCCCGUCUACAAGAUGGGUCAGAUGUUCAUGUAUGAUCAGUUUCAGUCUCGAAACAACAGUGAAGAUUUCACACUGUUCACCCUGGAUGAUGUGGACUGUGCUUUUGAUAAAAUCCAGCAGCUGAAAUACUCUCAGAUUGUCAAUCUGAAAGGAAAAGGGCACGGUCUUUCCAUCACUCCUCUUCCAGCUGGUCACAUGAUCGGAGGCACUAUUUGGAAAAUAGUGAAGGAUGGAGAGGAGGAGAUUAUUUAUGCUGUUGACUUCAACCACAAGAGAGAAAUUCACCUGAACGGCUGCGUGUUGGACAGCAUAAGUCGUCCUUCUUUGCUUAUCACAGACUCCUUCAAUGCUAGAUAUGUGCAGCCGCGUCGCAAACAGAGAGAUGAGCUGCUUCUUACCAAUGUAAUGGAGACUCUUCGUGGUGACGGUAAUGUCCUGAUCGCCGUGGAUACAGCGGGCCGUGUGUUGGAGCUGGCUCAGCUGCUGGACCAGAUUUGGAGAACAAAGGAUGCCGGGCUGGGAGCCUACCCUCUCGCUCUGCUCAACAACGUCAGCUAUAAUGUGGUGGAGUUCUCCAAGUCCCAGGUGGAGUGGAUGAGUGACAAACUCAUGAGGUGUUUUGAAGACAAGAGAAACAACCCCUUCCAGUUCCGUCACCUGACGCUGUGCCACAGUCUGGCAGACCUGGCCCGGGUGCCCAGCCCUAAGGUGGUGCUUUGCAGCCAGCCUGACCUCGAGGCCGGCUUCUCCAGAGAACUCUUCAUCCAGUGGUGCCAAGACGCCAAAAACUCUGUCAUCCUGACCUACCGCACCACACCUGGAACCCUGGCCCGCUACCUCAUCGACAACCCCGGAGAGAAGAUGCUGGAUCUGGAGGUGAGGAAAAGAGUGAAGCUCGAAGGCAAGGAACUGGAAGAAUUCCUCGAAAAGGACAAAGUAAAGAAAGAAGCAGCUAAAAAACUUGAACAAGCUAAAGAGGUGGAUGUAGACUCGAGUGACGAGAGUGAUAUGGACGAUGAUCUGGAUCAGCCAGUUGUGUUGAAGACGAAACAUCACGACCUGAUGAUGAAGAGCGAGGGCAGCCGCAAAGGCAGCUUCUUCAAACAAGCCAAAAAGUCUUAUCCGAUGUUCCCCACACACGAGGAGAGAAUCAAAUGGGACGAGUAUGGGGAGAUUAUCAGGCUAGAAGAUUUUCUGGUUCCUGAGCUGCAAGCAACAGAGGAGGAGAAAAACAAACUGGAUUCGGGGAUGACCAACGGAGACGAGCCCAUGGACCAAGAUCUCUCUAUUGUUCCCACCAAAUGUGUCUCCAGCAUAGAAAAUCUUGAAAUUAGAGCGAGGAUAUCGUACAUAGACUACGAAGGUCGCUCUGAUGGCGACUCCAUCAAGAAGAUUAUUAAUCAGAUGAAGCCCAGACAGCUGGUGAUCGUUCGCGGGUCGCCGGAGGCCAGCCUCGACCUGGCAGAGUCCUGCAAAGCUUUCAGCAAGGACAUCAAAGUGUACACGCCCAAACUGCAGGAGACCAUCGACGCCACGAGCGAAACACACAUCUACCAGGUUCGAUUGAAAGACUCCCUGGUGAGCUCGCUGCAGUUCUGCAAGGCCAAAGACACGGAGCUGGCCUGGAUCGAUGGCGUGCUGGACAUGCGCGUGGUGAAGGUGGACACGGGCGUGAUGCUGGAGGAGGGAGUGAAGGAGGAGACGGAGGAGGGCGAGAUGCCCAUGGAGGUCGCUCCUGAACUGGAUAUCGACCAAAACGCGACGGCGGUGGCAGCCCAGCGCGCCAUGAAGAGUCUGUUCGGAGAGGACGAGAAGGAGGUGUCCGAGGAGAGCGACGUCAUCCCCACGCUGGAGCCGCUGCCUUCCAAUGAGAUGCCAGGCCAUCAGUCGGUGUUCAUCAACGAGCCUCGCCUGUCAGACUUCAAGCAGGUCCUGCUGAGAGAGGGCAUCCAGGCCGAGUUCGUGGGAGGAGUGCUGGUCUGCAACAACAUGGUGGCCGUCCGCAGGACGGAGGCCGGGCGCAUCGGGCUGGAAGGAUGCCUGUGUGACGACUACUAUAAGAUCCGGGAGCUGCUGUAUCAGCAGUACGCCGUGGUAUAGCAGCAGCAGCAGCAGGAGGAAGAGGAAGAGGAGGAGGACACGCAGCAGAAGAGCAAACCACGGCAGUACAGAGACAAUCCUUUACGAGGACUUUACCCAGAGGAGCAGAGUGUACCACACUCCCUCUGCCUUAUGGGGCGGCUCCAGCUGUUUCACUGCAAACCCUGUUGUAUAUUUUCCCUUUUAUAAUUUUUCUUUUUUCUAGAUAAUGUUUCUUCUUUUUUUUUUUAUUGUUAGUUUACCUCUAUGAAUUGAGGCAGAUGCUGUCCCUGGACUGACCUCUUUGUAAUCAACUCCUCCCUCUGUACAGUCCUGAUGCACUGGAUGGGGAAAAUGGUGUUUCCCCCCAUCCCGUUGUCAUUAAAACAGAUUUUUUUUUUCAAAUA